CCUCGCCGCAGCCAACGCUCAGGCAAGGAAGCGAGGAAGCUGCCAACAGCAUGCCCGCCCGUGCCCCGGCUGCGCAAGGACAAGGCUGCCACCCAGGCUAGGAGGCCAUUCCAGCGGGCGAGGCAGACCUCGGGGCCGAGAAGCGCGCAGGUUUUGCUCAGCACCACGAUGCAGGAGGAGGGCAGGGCACUGGGGACCGACCUUGCGUGCCUUCCUCGCCUCCACCCUCGCUGCUGCUGUCCCGCCCGCUCCCUCCCGCGCUGCGACUCCGGAGCUCCCUGGGUGGGAGAGGUUCAGCGAUCCGCUCAUCCCUCCACCUCCAGGGCUGCGUUAACAGCUGUUCGUCACGCAGCAGCAGCGCGUUGCCUGAAACUGACCAGGGCUCCAGCGGCGAGUGACGGGGCUGCGGUCCCACGGCAGCGGCGCGCUGGGCUCCCAGGCUCAGCCGAUCCCAACGUGCACCGCUCUGCCCAGCUUCUUGCACUCCUUUCGCCGGACUUGCUCCCCUCCUGCCGGCCUGGAGACACUUUCGCCCCUGGAGGCAUCGCCUCCCCUCUCUGUCUCUCCCCCCGCCCGCUCCGCUCCCUUCCCCGUGCCUGACGGCGCGCACCGUCUCCGUAAAAGGCUGCCGCUGCUGCGCCCGCUCGCCACCAGGGUAUUAGCAGCACCGACUUGAUUGGGGGGGGGAAGGCUGUGCGGGAGCUGCUGCCUGUGCGCUCUCUGGCGCUGCUGCUGAGUGAACACUCCCCCGCCCCCCGCACGCACGCACGCACCCCGAAGACGGGGAAAGGGGGACCUCUCGGCAGCUUUGCGCGGGGGAAAGUGCACAGGAAGAGCGGCCAGGAAACAGCCCAGCCCUCCCCACCUGGGCACCGCCGCCGCCGCCGCGAUCUCUACUUAAGGACGACGCUGGGGAGCAGCACGAGGUCACGGAAGUAACUCCGGCGCGCCGUUUGCUGCGGAGCGAGUUGCAAGCCAGCCAGCCAGCCGCGUGGCAAGCUAGUGGCGGCGGGCUGCAGUGCCACUGCCGGGCUGUUACCAAGGACGCCAGAGUUCUCAGGUCAUCGGAGCCUUCUCGCUCCGGAUCCGGGCAGGGGCCAUUGCGAAGAGGAGGAUGGAGCUGUGACUUCCCCAGCCUCGCUUGGCUCCGUUCUCGCUUCCUCCUCUUCCCACGAGCACGCCAGCCCCUCUAGCUGCCGAGAUCAGCGCAGUUCGGAUCCUCAGCCGAGGAACGACACCAUGCCCGCGGUUGGGAGCCUCCUUCUGCGGGCUUUAAUGGGGUCUCUCCUCCUCAUCUGGACAGCUGUUAGCAUCAACCUAGUGGAUGCGGUCGGGUCGCAGCAGCAGCAGAUCCCCUUGUCUGUUGUCAAACUCUGGGCCUCUGCUUUUGGAGGGGAGAUCAGAUCCAUCGCGGCUAAAUACUCAGGUUCUCAGCUUCUACAGAAGAAAUAUAAGGAAUAUGAGAAGGAUGUAACCAUAGAAGAAAUUGAUGGCCUUCAACUUGUGAAGAAGCUAGCAAAGAAUAUGGAGGAGAUGUUUCAUAAAAAGUCUGAAGCUGUACGGCGUCUUGUUGAAGCUGCAGAAGAUGCUCACUUGAAACAUGAAUUUGAUGCUGAUUUACAGUAUGAAUAUUUCAAUGCUGUCCUUAUUAAUGAACGGGAUGACGAUGGAAACUUCUUAGAACUAGGAAAGGAAUUCAUCCUGGAACCAAAUGACCAUUUUAAUAACUUGCCUGUGAAUGUCACUCUGAGUGAUGUCCAAGUGCCAACCAACAUGUACAACAAAGAUCCUGCUAUUGUGAAUGGAGUCUAUUGGUCUGAAUCCUUAAACAAAGUGUUUGUUGACAACUUUGACCGUGAUCCUUCUCUUAUAUGGCAGUACUUUGGAAGUGCAAAGGGCUUUUUUAGGCAAUAUCCAGGAAUUAAAUGGGAGCCAGACGAAAAUGGAGUCAUUGCAUUUGAUUGCAGAAAUCGAAAAUGGUAUAUACAAGCAGCCACUUCUCCUAAAGAUGUUGUCAUUUUAGUGGAUGUGAGUGGCAGCAUGAAAGGACUCCGCCUGACUAUUGCAAAGCAGACUGUGUCAUCUAUUUUGGACACACUGGGAGAUGAUGACUUUUUUAACAUAAUUGCUUAUAAUGAAGAACUCCACUAUGUAGAACCAUGCCUGAAUGGAACUUUAGUUCAAGCAGACAGAGCCAACAAAGAGCACUUCAGAGAGCACCUUGACAAACUUUUUGCAAAAGGAAUUGGAAUGCUGGAUAUUGCUUUAAUCGAAGCUUUCAACAUGCUCAGUGAUUUCAAUCACACAGGGCAAGGAAGUAUUUGCAGUCAAGCCAUAAUGCUGGUUACUGAUGGUGCUGUGGACACUUACAGUGCAAUAUUUGAAAAGUAUAAUUGGCCAGAAAGGAAGGUUCGCAUUUUCACCUACCUGAUAGGAAGAGAAGCUGCCUUUGCUGAUAAUCUCAAAUGGAUUGCUUGUGCCAAUAAAGGGUUUUUCACUCAGAUCUCUACACUAGCAGAUGUGCAGGAAAAUGUCAUGGAAUAUCUCCAUGUGCUUAGUCGACCCAAAGUGAUUGAUCAAGAGCAUGAUGUGGUAUGGACUGAGGCCUAUGUUGACAGCACUCUUCCUCAGGCUCAAAAGCUUGCUGACGAUCAGGGAUUGGUUUUGAUGACCACAGUUGCCAUGCCAGUAUUUAGUAAGCAAAAUGAGACUAGAACGAAAGGCAUUCUUCUGGGAGUUGUAGGCACAGAUGUUCCAGUGAAAGAACUUUUAAAGGCGAUUCCAAAAUACAAGUUAGGUAUUCAUGGAUAUGCGUUUGCAAUCACCAACAACGGGUACAUUCUGACUCAUCCAGAACUCAGGCCUCUGUAUGAAGAAGGGAAAAAGCGAAGAAAACCCAACUAUAGCAGUGUUGACCUUUCCGAGGUUGAAUGGGAAGACCGGGAUGAUGUGCUUCGAAAUGCAAUGGUGAAUCGGAAAACAGGAAAAUUCUCCAUGGACGUGAAGAAAACAGUGGACAAAGGGAAGCGGGUGUUGGUGAUGAUAAAUGACUACUAUUACACAGACAUCAAGGGGACUCCUUUCAGUUUAGGUGUGGCUAUCUCUAAAGGACAUGGCAAAUAUUUCUUCAGAGGAAAUGUGACAAUAGAAGAAGGAUUGCAUGAUUUAGAACAGCCUGAUGUAUCUUUGGCAGAUGAAUGGUCAUAUUGCAACACAGACUUGCAUCCUGAGCACCGUCAGAUGACUCAGUUAAAGGCUAUUAAAAACUACCUCACAGGGAAAGAGCCAUUGCUUUAUUGUGAUAAAGAAUUGAUACAGGAAGUGUUGUUUGAUGCAGUGGUGAGUGCACCAAUAGAAGCAUAUUGGACCAGUCUUGCACUAAAUAAAUCAGAAAAUUCAGACAAGGGAGUAGAAGUUGCCUUUCUUGGAACACGUACAGGCCUUUCUCGUGUCAAUUUGUUUGUGGGCCCUGAACAACUAACUAAUCAAGACUUCUUGACAGCUGAAGACAAGGAGAAUAUUUUUAAUGCUGAUCAUUUCCCACUUUGGUACAGAAGGGCUGCUGAACAGAUCCCAGGAAGUUUUGUGUACUCAAUCCCAUUCAGUACAGAGACGGCAAACAAAAGCAAUGUGGUGACAGCAAGUACUGCCAUUCAACUUCUAGAUGACAGAAAAUCCCCCGUGGUAGCAGCUGUAGGUAUCCAGAUGAAACUUGAGUUUUUUCAGAGGAAAUUUUGGACUGCCAGUAGACAGUGCACUUCGCUUGAUGGUCGGUGUUCUAUAAGCUGCGAUGAUGAGAAUAUUAACUGCUACCUCAUUGAUAAUAAUGGAUUUAUAUUAGUUUCUGAAGACUAUACCCAGACUGGAAACUUCUUUGGUGAGGUUGAGGGUGCAGUGAUGAACAAGUUGCUAAUAAUGGGCUCCUUUAAAAGAAUUACUCUUUAUGACUACCAAGCCAUGUGUAGAACAAACAAAGAAAGUAGCGACAGUGCCCAUAACUUACUGGACCCCUACAAAGCCUUCUUUGCUGCAGUAAAAUGGAUAGUGACCGAACUUGUCUUGUUUCUGGUGGAAUUUAAUCUAUGCAAUUGGUGGCACUCAGAUCUAACAGCAAAGGCUCAGCGAUUGAAACAAACCCUAGAGCCUUGUGACACCGAAUAUCCAGCCUUUGUUUCUGAACGCACAAUCAAGGAGACCACAGGCAAUAUUGAUUGCGAUGAUUGUUUCAAGUCCUUUGUCAUCCAGCAAAUUCAAAACAGCAAUCUUUUCAUGGUGGUAGUAAGUAAUGAGUGUGAUUGUGAGUCCAUUUCACCAAUUACCAUGGAGCCAAUAGAAAUAAGGUAUAAUGAAUCCCUAAAAUGUGAACGCUUGAAAUCCCACAAGAUUAGAAGACGUCCAGAAUCUUGCCAUGGAUUCCAUCCUGAGGAGAAUGCUGGAGAAUGUGGUGGCGUUUUAGGCUUGAGUGCUAAGCCUACUCUUGUUGUGCUUCCUCUGUUUUUGGCCAUUUUUUCAAGGUGACAUUGACUGAUAAGUGAUCACUUGGCAUGCAAAAUACAUGGAUAAACUGUGAACUGCGAAAUGGUGCAACUUAGAAGACAUGAAAUAUAGUCAAAACAUCAGCAUUUCAUGAUUUUAAAACAGUGGGAUGAUAUAAACUCUCCAGAUUAUGUAAAAAAGAAAUCUUUUUUUCCCCUUUGCGCGUCAUGCAAAUCUGGAUUUGCCAUACAAUAAUCACAAUUCAUCAAGAACAGGACUUCAGUAGAUAGAAACAGAUGGUCAUUACUUUCUGCUUUGUCCCAUGGAAAAUGAUUUAAGAAACUGUGUACUUUUUAAAUAAAGUAUAUUAAAAUCACA